CAAGUUUCGGGAGCCAAGUUAUUCCCGAGGGCAGUGGAUUUGUGCUGAACGACGAAAUGGACGACUUUUCCACGCCACAUCUUAUCAACGCCUUCGGUAUCAGACCUUCGCCCGUAAACUUUAUCAAGCCUGGUAAAAUUCCUCAGUCUUCCAUGGUGCCCACCGUCAUCCUUGACAAAGACGGAAAUCCAGAAAUGUGUAUCGGAGGUUCCGGGGGAUCGCGCAUCACCAGUGGCGUGGGCCUGGUCGCAAUGCGCACUCUUUGGCAAGGCAAGACAAUCAAGCAAGCCAUCGAUGAGCCACGAGUACACCACCAGUUGCAGCCAACCUUCCUGGAAGUGGAAGAGUUUUUCGCAGAAGACCUGACAGUGCCUGGCACAUUCUGUGGCAGACCUGGCGAGGAUUGGGACGACUGGCUCGAACACUACAAACGGGUGAGCAAGUACUACCAGUGGGACGCGGCGACCCAGCUGUCCAAUGCAGUAUUUUUCUUGACAGACACAGUGCUCAUCUGGUAUGAGAACCAGGAGGAUGCCCUCACGUCAUGA